CGCACUUCAGCUUGUUUCACCUUCAAAAUUGGUGCUCAACAUUUGCCACAGUUUCGGUUGUUUGCAUAUUCCGUGGCCAAAACGGUGGCAUGAAAGAUGCCGUCUCGCGGGCCGUGACAGGCCUUAGUGGUUUACCUGGAGAGGUGAGUUGCAUGCGAUAGCAUAUAGAAAAACUCUGGACUUGCGAAAAGACACGCAGCACCUCUCACACUACUGCUGCAAAACCAUGCAAGCCAGCGACCGUCACAAAAAAAAUGUGAAGUCUUCUUCAGAGGGCGUUCUACUUGAAUUCCAGCGACUUAGUCAUGACGGGUCGUCCUCAUUGUGUUUUCGAGCAGAAUAUACAGCUGAGAUUUCUUGAGCAACAUGGAAAAGCAGCCUUGCAGCAGACUCAGCAAAUAUGUUUUGUCACUGUGCAGAGAAUCCGCUUUGAUUUUUUUGUUGUACGCCUGCAGCUUAUUUCAGAACUUUCCAAGAAAGCGGGAAGGGAGUGAGCCCACAAGGCAAAGAUGACUUCCACGCUUUUCAGAUUGACAGAUGAAGAACGUUCCGUGGUCCAAUAUGGCAGCAUGCCGUUUGAGCUGGCCGCCGAAGUUUCCGAAUUUCUACCGGCAAGUUUACCAGACCAAGACCUCUCAGCCUACCGCGCAGUGGCAAAGGAGUAUGCUCAGCUUGUGCCAAAUGAGAGGCUACGCGAAGAAAGGGGACGGGCCUGCUUCGCGCAGCGCAAGAAACGUGCAAAGAAACAACGCAAAACUCCGCCUCCUGGGAUGUCGGUGCAUUACUCUGGUUUCAUCGGCCCAUACUUCUACAAGAGCACGGGCAGUAUCUUUGAUGGUUGGUGGGAAUCUUGCGGCUUUACUUUUUCCUCUGUGCAAGAUCUUUUUCAUGACUGCUGGACCCCAUCGUUUACGUGAUGGAAGGGCGGCUGUGGAGGCCGAGGCCAGCGGAGGCCAUCAAGCGACCACUGUGCCUUUGAAUGAAGAAAUCUUGGAGAAGG